GCUAGCGGCCUAGCAUCUCAUCUCAGGGACACUAACCGUCAUGGCGAAAUGGUGGCGCUCGGCCGCCGGUAGUCUCCGGGCGGUGGCUGCUAGCCGUUGGGAGUCCUCGUUCUUAUUGAGAUUCCAAGUCGCUUCCUACCACACGAUCCAAGCUAUUCCAAGAGAGUGCACUGGUAAUCGAGUCUCUGCUAGAGACAGAAUGCAAGGUCGAAUUCCAGCCGUUGUUGAGUACCAGAAUCUUCUCAGUAAAAAUGAUGUCAUCCAAUCGAGGAAGCGUUUGCUUACCACGGAGAGGAAGCAGAUUAAGGCCAUACUCAAGGCCGUGGACCUUCCUUUCUUCUACUCAACCCGGUUUCCCCUCCAGAUCCGCGCUGGCUCUGGAUCUUCCCAUAUGCUCGAGUCUGGAACUGUGCUACCGAUUAAGAUUCAUAGGGACAAAGAGAGUGGGAAAAUUCUAAAUUUAGUGUUUGUUUGGGCUGAUGAUGGGCUGGACGUGAAGGUGGAUGUGCCUGUUGUUUUUAAAGGCGAAGAUGUUUGUCCUGGCUUGCAGAAAGGUGGUUGUUUGAACAGGAUCCGAAGUAGUCUUAAAUUUCUUUGUCCAUCCGAGCACAUACCAUCAAAAAUUGAGGUGGAUGUGAGCAAUCUAGAUAUUGAAGACAGGGUUUUCAUGCGUGAUAUUGAGGUUCAUCCAUCCUUAAAGCUGCUGAGUAAGAAUGAAAACAUGCCUAUAUGUAAAAUAGUUCCCACAGUGUUGGAAAACAAGGGACCUGCUCCUGCUGACAACCCUCAACAUUCUUGAGGAGAAACGCAAAGGCAGAGAUGCAGGAUCCAAAUAAAUGGGGUACACUGGAGCAGUGUUGAGUUCAAGCAGCUGCAAUUUUCACCUGUUUGGUUAUUUUGUACGAAACGGGCGUUUCAUUUUUGGUAGUAGGUGGCUGUUGAUGUCAAAUGCAUUAUUGAUUUCUGUAUUCGCAAAUAUACGAUGGCCAGAUAUGUUUGCAUCAAAGCCACCCCUUUAAUCUAGCAUUGUAGUCUUGAUCCUUGCUCAACGACAGAACCAAGUGCAGUUGGGGAAAUUGUUCCUGGUACUGUCAUUACUGUUCUCACGGGACCAUUUCUAAUAGAGCCAAAUUUCCCAUGCCAAGAAUGUCUUGUUUUCUGUGUGGUUACUCCUGUUGCAUUGAACCAGAAUGGUAUGUGUCUGUUUUUUCCGUUUUUCCUAUGGCCUUGCAAAUUAGUUCGGGAUGUUGUAAUGAUAAAUUUCUUCCUUUUAAUUAGUGUUAGAGGUUGUUCACUUUAUCUCUAUUGUUUACGAGAGAUAUAGAUAAGUUGUUUUGGUACAAUCUUGAGCUUCGAAAAAAGGAAAAUGAUAAUUUUAAUUCA